AUGAAAGCGGAUGAUGAGAUGUUCACUGCGGAGAUUGAUAUGAUCGCCGUCUUGAUCGGUGAGGGGGAUGACAAACGAGUACAAUCCUUUGUUAGUGGGCUUGGUGAUAAUAUAUCCAUGGCAGGCUGCAAAUCUAGUGUUCUCAGCCUCGGCAUUGGUGGAAAAAUCCUUAUGCCUCAGUUGGUUGAGACCCUACGAGUUAGAGAAGUCGUCGGGAAACCAGAAAUAAAACAGACAUAUUCAGCUCCAGUGAAAAACAGACCAAAGGAACCGGAAACAAAACAGACGAUUCCAGAUACUGAAAAACAAAGUUUCAGUGAUACCAAAAAUCAACUACAGGUACCUAACCAACUAGAUGGACCGUCAGAUCCUGCUGGACAACACGAACCUACACAAAUGGAUGGACAACAAGGACCUAAAGAAGAUGAUGUACCACCAGAACCUCAAGGAAAGAAUGAACAACUAGGACCUACAGGAGCGGAUGGACCACCAGGACCUGAAGGACCACAAGGAGCGGAUGGAGCACCAGGACCUCAAGGACCUCAAGGAGCGAAUGGAUCACAAGGACCUCAAGGACUUCGAGGAGCGGAUGGAGCAGACGGAGCCGCUGGAACACCAGGACCUCAAGGACCCAAAGGAGACGCGGGAUCAAACGGAGCCGAUGGAACACCAGGACCUCAAGGACCCAAAGGAGAAACUGGAUCAAACGGAGCCGAUGGAUCAAACGGAGCCGAUGGAUCAAACGGAGCCGAUGGAUCAAACGGAGCCGAUGGAUCAAACGGAGCCGAUGGAUCAAACGGAGCCGAUGGAUCAAACGGAGCCGAUGGAUCAAACGGAGCCGAUGGAUCAAACGGAGCCGAUGGAUCAAACGGAGCCGAUGGAUCAAACGGAGCCGAUGGAUCAAACGGAGCCGAUGGAUCAAACGGAGCCGAUGGAUCAAACGGAGCCGAUGGAUCAAACGGAGCCGAUGGAUCAAACGGAGCCGAUGGAUCAAACGGAGCCGAUGGUGCAGACGGACAAAACGGAGCCAAUGGAUCAAACGGAGCCGAUGGUGCAGACGGACAAAACGGAGCCAAUGGAUCAAACGGAGCCGAUGGAUCAAACGGAGCCGAUGGAUCAAACGGAGCCGAUGGAUCAAACGGAGCCGAUGGAACACCAGGACCUCAAGGACCCAAAGGAGAAACUGGAUCAAACGGAGCCGAUGGAUCAAACGGAGCCGAUGGAUCAAACGGAGCCGAUGGAUCAAACGGAGCCGAUGGAACACCAGGACCUCAAGGACCCAAAGGAGAAACUGGAUCAAACGGAGCCGAUGGAACACCAGGACCUCAAGGACCCAAAGGAGAAACUGGAUCAAACGGAGCCGAUGGAACACCAGGACCUCAAGGACCCAAAGGAGAAACUGGAUCAAACGGAGCCGAUGGAUCAAACGGAGCCGAUGGAUCAAACGGAGCCGAUGGAUCAAACGGAGCCGAUGGAUCAAACGGAGCCGAUGGAUCAAACGGAGCCGAUGGAUCAAACGGAGCCGAUGGAUCAAACGGAGCCGAUGGAUCAAACGGAGCCGAUGGAUCAAACGGAGCCGAUGGAUCAAACGGAGCCGAUGGAUCAAACGGAGCCGAUGGAUCAAACGGAGCCGAUGGAACACCAGGACCUCAAGGACCCAAAGGAGAAACUGGAUCAAACGGAGCCGAUGGAACACCAGGACCUCAAGGACCCAAAGGAGAAACUGGAUCAAACGGAGCCGAUGGAACACCAGGACCUCAAGGACCCAAAGGAGAAACUGGAUCAAACGGAGCCGAUGGAACACCUGGACCUCAAGGACCCAAAGGAGAAACUGGAUCAAACGGAGCCGAUGGAACACCUGGACCUCAAGGACCCAAAGGAGAAACUGGAUCAAACGGAGCCGAUGGAACACCUGGACCUCAAGGACCCAAAGGAGAAACUGGAUCAAACGGAGCCGAUGGAUCAAACGGAGCCGAUGGAUCAAACGGAGCCGAUGGAUCAAACGGAGCCGAUGGAUCAAACGGAGCCGAUGGAUCAAACGGAGCCGAUGGAUCAAACGGAGCCGAUGGAUCAAACGGAGCCGAUGGAUCAAACGGAGCCGAUGGAUCAAACGGAGCCGAUGGAUCAAACGGAGCCGAUGGAUCAAACGGAGCCGAUGGAUCAAACGGAGCCGAUGGAACACCAGGACCUCAAGGACACAAAGGAGACGCGGGACCACAAGGACCUCAAGGACCUCAAGGAGUUGAAGGUAUUGGACUUACUGGACCAGAAGGUCCACAAGGACUACAAGGCCCACCGGGACCACCAGGACCACCAGGACCACCAAGUAUUGCACCUGCUAGACAACAAGAACCACGACAAAUACAACUCCCACCAGAAGCUAUAGAACAUAAUGCAGUAAAAGGAGACAAAGGAGAUAAAGGAGACAGAGGAGAAAAAGGAGAUACAGGUAAAGGAGAGAAAGGAGAAAAAGGAGAUGCUGGAAUGAAUGGGAAGAACGGUAUAGAUGGCAAAAAUGGAAAAGAUGGAAAAGAUGGGAAAUUUGAUAUACGGGUCCAUCUGUAUGUAGAGAAAGGAAAACUAAGAAUUGGCAAAAUUGGUAAAUAUUAA